AUGUCGGCAAGGCCGGCCGGCUUCUGGCUCCGGAGGGAUCCCAGCGGCUGCGGGAUCGCCGUGCUGUGCUCCAACGUGUCUCUUGCAUGUGGCCGGGGUGGAAGCUGGUCCUGGGCGUCACUCACUCCCCCCCUCCUCUCUUUUCUCUCCCCAACAGCUAAGAAGAAGAACAAGAAGGGCAAGACCCUCACUCUGACGGACUUUCUGGCAGAGGAUGGUGGCGGCGGCGGCGGCCCGACCUACAUCCCCAAACCCGUCAGCUGGGCCGAUGAGACAGACGACCUGGAAGGCGACGUUUCCACCACUUGGCACAGUAACGAUGAUGACGUGUACCGGGCCCCUCCGAUCGACCGCUCCAUCCUGCCCACCGCCCCGCGGGCUGCUCGGGAACCCAACAUAGACAGAAGCCGCCUCCCGAAAUCCCCCCCCUACACCGCCUUUCUGGGAAACCUGCCCUACGACGUGACGGAAGAAUCCAUCAAGGACUUCUUCAGAGGACUCAAUAUAAGUGCUGUGCGUUUGCCGCGAGAGCCUACCAAUCCGGAGAGGUUGAAAGGUUUUGGUUAUGCUGAGUUUGAAGACAUAGAGUCCUUGUUCCAGGCCCUGAGCCUCAAUGAAGAGUCUCUAGGGAACAGAAGAAUACGAGUGGAUGUUGCUGAUCAAGCUCAGGAUAAAGAUCGGGACGAUCGCUGCUUUGGCAGAGAUCGGGAUCGCUUCCGUGACUCCGAGAGGUUCGAGAGUGACUGGAGGGCCCGUCCUGCCACCACCGAUAGCUUUGAUGAUUACCCGCCCCGCAGGGGUGACGACAGCUUCGGAGACAGGUAUCGGGAUCGCUACGAUGAUCGGUAUCGUGAUGGUCCGCGGAGGGAUAUGGACCGUGGCUUUGGGGGCAGGGAUCGCUACGAUGACCGCAGCAGAGACUAUGACCGAGGCUACGAUUCCAGGAUAGGCAGCGGCAGGAGGGCCUUUGGCAGCGGGUAUCGCCGGGAUGAUGACUACCGAGGCUGUGGUGACCGCUACGAAGACCGCUAUGACCGGCGGGAUGACCGGAUGGAUAGGUGGAACUCCCGGGACGAUUACGGCCGGGAUGAUUUCCGCCGCGAGGACAGAGGUCCCACCCAGAGGCCGAAGCUGAAUCUGAAGCCCCGGAGUGCACCCAAGGAGGAGGAGACCUCCGUGGCCCCUGCGCCCCAGUCCAGCCGGGCUGCCUCCAUCUUUGGGGGGGCCAAACCGGUGGACACGGCUGCCAGGGAGCGGGAGGUGGAAGAGCGGCUGCAGAAGGAGCAAGAGAAGCUGCAACGCCAGCUGGAGGAUGAUAAGAGGAUAGAAAGACGACCCCGAGAGAGGCAUCCCAGCUGGCGAAGCGAAGAGAACCAGGAGCGAUCGCGGACGGGGAGCGAGUCCUCGCAGACCGGCAACUCGGGGCCCCCUGGCACCUCUGUGGGAACCGGCCCGACGGGCAGGACCACGCGAAGGAGGGAGAGCGAGAAGUCUUUGGAGAACGAGACGUUCACCAAAGAGGAUGAUGCCCCUUCUCCCAGCUCCAAGCCGAAGGAGGAGAAGCAGCCCCUGAAGGUGAUGCCGGCGCCACCGCCCAAGGAGAACGCCUGGGUGAAGCGGAGCAGCAACCCCCCUGCCCGCUCGCAGAGCUCAGAUUCGGAGCAGCACUCUCCUACGAGCGGCAGCCAGACGGCACCAGGCCUGCCCUUGGAAGAUGGGGCACCCCCGAAGAACGCCCACAGGAAAGGGGAGGAGAACAAACCUGAUGGGGGACGGGAGAGCGGUUCCAAGGUCCGAAGCGGGAGCUCCAGCCGUGGCCCUGGAGAUUCAGAUAGGAAAGAGAGCAGGAAGGAUCACGACUCGCGACCUGCAUCUGAGCCAAAGAAACUUGACGAGAACCCCCCCUCCUUCAGCCAUGCCAGCAAGUACGCUGCUCUGUCAGUAGAUGGCGAAGAUGAUGGCGACGAUGAAGAAUGCGCCGAAUAAAACCUCUGGGCCCUUGCGCCGUCUCCCAACCAGCCGCCGCCGUGGGAUCAUUUGGAGAAUUAAAAAACCAAACCUCUAUCCAGACAAGACAGAAAUAAAACCUAA